GGACCCCAGGAAGGGAUGUAUGGACCUGGCUUUCCCCUCUGCCCGGGGCUCAGUGGAGCCCCUGGCUUCUCCUCCCUGGUGUGGCUGACACCCGUGGGUGUCCCCGGGAAAGGCCCUGGCUCCGGCUCCGCCCUGCCUGGCUCGCACUGCACCGGGAGGGCCCACAGCAAGCAGGGCGGGGGAACUGUCCAGCAGGCCCGGCCCCCGCCCCCCACGUGGCCGCCGCUGCCUGGCCGCGAGGAAACGCGCGGCUUCCUGCGCCACUGGGACAGAGAGGGGCGCCCACUGUUCGCGAUGGCCGCGCGCCUCCGUCCGCUGCUGGCUCUGCUCGCCCUGGGUACUGCCCUGUGCCCCCAGGAGACCCUGGCUCAGCCUCUCCCCACCACAGACACCUGGAAGUCAGAAGGCCAGGUGGUGGACAGCUAUGAAGCCAGUGCCCAGCUGUGCUGGGCCGAUUAUAAGGAGCACAUGGACCUACUGGAAAAGGAUUGGUGUAACUGGACCGUGAUCAGCAGGCCCUACAGUGCCCUGCGUGAUUGCUUAGAGGUGGAGGCGGAAGUCUUUAGCCUGGGCUUCCCCAACCCCCUGGCCGAGAGGGUCAUCUUUGAGACCCACCAGCUGCACUUCUCGAACUGCUCGCUGGAGCAGCCCACCUUAUGCGACCCCCCAGAAGAUGUGCUCCUGGCCAUGAUCAUAGCCCCCAUCUGCCUUAUCCCCUUCUUCGUCACGCUGGUGGUGUGGAGGAGCAAGGGCACGGAGCUGAAGACCUGAAGUGGGUAGCACUGCCUGGAGGGUCAGUUGCAACCUCUCCUGUCCCUGCCUCCUCUCUCUGUCCCCUACCCUUCAUUGCCAUUUCAGAGCCUGGCACUGGGAUCCUGGUGCCAGUUUUGUAACCUUCAAAAUAAAACGUUUUGUUUUUUGUA